AUGAAAAGCAACAUACCCUACAUUGUGCUUGGACUUUUGUACGCAUAUCUAAUAUACCUCUCUUGGAUACCAGAUACAAUUCGGCUCAUGUUUGCUGGUAAAUACUGGCUUCAUAGGUCUGUGCAUAGCAACAUGAUAAUUUGUACAAAUUGCAUGGUCGGGAUCUUAACAAUUUCUUCCAUUCUGCAGCCUGGUAUAGCUAAGAUGUUCCCAACGAGGCAGGUUUAUCAUGACGUAUUGGAGAAUGAUAUCGAGACCCGCCAUUCUGUGUCUCUGUGCUUGCUGUUUUGCCCUGUUGGGAUUCUUACUCACUCCAUCGCCAAAGCUCUAACUAGUAGCCCAGAAAAAAGAGAGUGUAGGACUCAUUAA